GCAGUUCCGCAUUUAUACCUACACAGAACAAAACUUCCAGUUGAUAAUUUUAAAAUGGAAUUUGCGACAAUUUCCAAAAUUCUUAUGUUAAUAUCACUUUGCAGUAUUUCAAAUGCUGCUGACCAGCGCCAAAGAGUGCUAGAGUUCCACGCCGACUGCCUGGAAGUUCACGAUGUCGACGAAAAGAUUCUCGUUGAAGCAUUGGAAGGAAAACUUGACCACGAUGAGGACUUCUAUAAACACGUAUUUUGCGUGUGUAAAAAAGCCAAAAUUAUAGACGAUAAUGGUGUGGUCAAUACCGACAAUUUUGAAAUCGACAUGGCUCACGUUAUAGAUGCUUCUAAUAUGGAUAACGUGGCGUCUAUCGUCAGAAAAUGUCUUGUUCAGAAAGAUGAUAUCAUGACGACUAUUACAGAGGCAUCUGAUUGCUUUUUGAGAGAAAAACACAAUCUAUAAUGUAAUUUUUUUGAAAUAAUUCUAAUGCAUACUUGAGAAAGUUUAUAAAUAAAUACGCGCAUCACUAUCUUUGUUU